AGAAGUCAACACAUCCACCUACAAAUAAGUAAUUCUUCUUCGUCCGUUAUUUGUUUUUUGUGGUUCUUGUAAUUUGUGUCGUUACUCGUGCGAGAAAUUGCCAAAAAUUUAUUGUAUAUAUUCGAAUAAAUGAUGUGGAUUUUCUUCAGUUUAAUUUCUACUCCAUUGGUGUUGUGUGCUUUGAAAUUGAAAUGAAAUACUUUAAAGUUCUUUUAACAUCGUGCAUAAUGGUGCUUUUCUUCAUAGCUCCAACUUUUGCAGGCGUCACUGAGGAGCAGAUGUGGGCGACAGCUAAAUUAAUGCGAGAUGUCUGUCUACCGAGAUUUCCAAAAAUUGCCACUGAACUCGCUGAUCAACUGCGUGAUGGCAAUAUACCAGACAACAACAAAGAUGUAAAAUGUUAUAUUAAUUGUGUGUUGGAAAUGAUGCAAACGAUGAAAAAGGGAAAAUUCCUCUAUGAAGCGUCUUUGAAGCAAGUGGACUUAAUAUUACCCGAUAGCUAUAAGGACGAUUAUCGCGCCGGGCUGUUGAAAUGCAAGGAUGCAAGUGCUCAUAUAAAGAAAGAUAAUUGUGAAUCGGCUUAUACAGUAUUGAAAUGUUUGCGUGGUGAAAUAAAAAAGUUUAUAUUUCCAUAAAU